AUGAAACGAAACAACUUUGUCAUUGAUCCGGGCAAAACGCCAUUCGAUACAUGCGUUAAUCGUGUUAUAUUGCAAGAAUUAAUUGCUUUUUUAAAGCCAUUUGAAAAAGUUAUUGUAGACAUUCAGCAUAAUGACGCUACUCUUCACAAAGUUGUACCAUCCACCUGGUAUUUGAAAGAUCAUUGUUCAAGCUUAGUCAUUAAUUCACAUUGUGCUAUCAAAUAUUUCAGACAAAAAUGUUUAACAAUUAUGAAUAAUAAACUCGAUUUAACAGACAUUCAUUAUGCUACUGCAAUAUUAGAACCAACUAUUACACAAUUAAAAGGUUGUACAGCAGGUGAACAGGCAAGAGGACAAAAAUUUUUGAAACGAAGACUGGACAAGAUGACAAAUCAACAAUUAGCUCCCCCAAUAGUAUCUGCUGUUGGUGAUGAACAAAAUUCUGAUGAUGAGUACUAUUUGAAUCGAUAUUCUGAUCAACAAGGUUAUGAGUAA